AUUUAUAUUAAAAAAUGUAUAUUUUAAUUAUUGUAGAUAAUCUACAUUUGUUGUUAUUCUAAUAUAUAAAUGCAAUAACCUCAAAGAAAUAAAUUGUUAAAAUUAUGUAGAUUCAAUUAUGGAUGUACUAAAGGAUACAUUGAUAUGUCGUUUAUGUGGUGAAAAUCUUGUGGAGGGAAAAUGCAAAGACAUUUUUGAAGAAUCAGCCAAUUUAAUACAUAAAAUAAAAGAAAUUUUACCAAUCUCAAUAUCUAUAGAUGAUAGUGGUUCAAAGCACAUAUGUUUGUCAUGUUAUGACAAAAUUAUUCUUUAUUACAAAUUUAUUCAAGAUGUAGCAGAACAUUCUAAAACAUUAGAAAAUGCAUCGCAAAUAAAAUCAUUUUUUGAUUUAUCUAGAGAAAUAACAAACUUUUCAAAAGUUCAUAAUGAUGCUGUAUAUACGUGUCCAAAUUGUAACGUAGGUUUAAUGAUUUUAUUAGUCAGUAACCCGCAAGGCUGUGAUUAUACCUUCCAAAUCUCAUUAGCUAUGGUAGACCAUUCUGAGAAGAAUCAUAUCGUAAAAGAAAAGAAUAUACAAGUACAUGAAAAUGUAAUAAUUUUCGGUGAUGUUAAAAAGAAUAAUAUACAUCCAAAAGAUGGGAAUAGAGCAACAAACACAGAAGAUAUUGAAAGUAUAACUAAUCAAGCAGGUCUUGCAUUGUCAGAAGAAGAAGUUAUAAAUUAUGUUGAUACAUUAUCCGGAAAAGAAAACUCGGAAACUGUAGUACAAAAGAAAGUAAAAAGAAAACACAAACAAUGUAAUUUUUAUGAUGAUUCUGUUAGUUCAUCAAAGGUACCAAAGUUAGAAGAAACAUCAUACGCGCCCGAUGAGAGUUCAUUUAACUGUGGUUACGAUUCUACAGAUCCAUUAAUAAAAAUUGAACCUGAAACUGAUAAUACUUAUUGUUUAGAUAGCGAAAUUGACUCCAAAAGUGAAAAAGAUACAUAUACAACUGAAUCGCAAAAUAUAUUUGGAGAGGAUGAUGCGCAGGAAGAAAAUGAUAUGUAUAAAUCUUGCUUGAAAUAUGUAUGUAAACUUUGUGGGGCGCGUUAUCUUUCGCAUUUAAAAUAUGAGUUUCACAUGGAAAGACACAAAUUAAAUAAAAUAUAUAAGUAUGAAUGUACAGUAUGCAACAAAAAAGCAAGCAGUGAGAAUUUAUUAUGGGAUCAUUAUUUUCAUACGCAUAAAAGUUUGCAACGUUUUCUUUGCACAGAAUGUGGAAAAUUAUUCACAAAACGGUCUAGAUUGAAUAGUCAUCAAAAGGAUUAUAAACAUUCUGGUGUAAAACAGAUACAAGUUGGUUCUGGCGACGGUACUAUUAGUAAAGAUGUCAUAGAAAAGGCUAUAGCGAUAACGAAAGAAGAUAAAGUUUCUGUAAACUGUAAUCUUUGUGGAAAAUUAAUCUCUGACUUAGAUACGGAUGCCAUUAACGACUUAGUUACAUGCGCCACUUGUGAAGAUUCUACACUUUCUUUAAUGGUAGAUGGAAAUGAGACAAAAGUAAUUUCUCCGCGACAGUACCAUUGCUCUAAAUGUCCAAAGCACUUUGUACGAAAAGAAAGACUAGAAUUUCAUGAAAUGAGACACAAUGAAAAUAUGAAUGAAUUUGUUUGUAGUACUUGUGGAAAAGACUUUAGAGCGGAAAAUUCUUUAUACGAGCAUUAUCUUUUUGUUCACAAAGGAGCAAGACCUCAUAUAUGUGAAUUAUGUGGUAAAUCCUUUCAGUUAAAGGCCAGAUUGAAGGAACACCAUCGAAUUCAUACAGGUGAAAGACCAUAUCAAUGUGAUGUCUGUGGUCAAAGAUGUAGAACUACUAAUGCUCUAAAACUUCAUAGAAAGAUUCACUUUUCUCAUAAUAAGUAUGUUUGUAAUGUAUGUAAUAAGUCAUUUAGUAAAAAACAAAAUAUGAAUGAACAUUUAGAAAAGCAUUGGAAAAACGAUAAGAAUGUUACAUUACCACAAUUAUUUACAUGCCCGAUUUGCUUGGAAGAUUUCCCAACAUAUCGCAUGUUGAAGUAUCAUAUGAUAGAAGUUCAUGAAAUAAGUAACCAGGAUCCAAUUUUGACAAAACAAAAGCCUUGGUACGAGUGUGUGGAAUGUCAUGAAAAAUUUAAACAUCAAAUGUCUUUAAAAGCACAUAAAGAAAGAGUACACGAAGGAAGAAUAGAUCCUCUUUAUCAGUGCGAUGUAUGUAAUGCUACUUAUAGAGUUAAACAACUUUUAGUAAACCACAUUAAGAGUAAACAUAAUGGCGAAAGACGCUAUAAAUGCGCACAAUGUGAAAAGGGAUUUAACGAUACGAAAUCUUUAUAUAAUCAUGUACUCUUACACACAGGAAAAAAACCAUUUGUUUGUGAGUAUUGUAAUAUGAGUUUUAGAAGAAAAGAUUCUAGGGAUCAUCAUCGCAGAAAACAUACAGGCGAACAACCGUAUCAAUGCCCAGACUGCGGUGAAUCAUUUUCUACUUACAAUUAUAGAUCUAAACAUCGAAAACGCGAACACGGAGAAGGAGAUCCUGAAUGUCCCGAAUGUGGGAAAAAAUGUAACAACCAACAAGAAAUUAGAAUUCAUUUAAACAAACAUCUUGGAGAAAAAUUAAAGAAAUUGCGGAGCAUAAAAUUUGAAGAAACAUAGUUUAAAAGAUACACAAUCUUCGAACGAACAUAGUGAAAAUUUGAAAUAGAUAGCUUAAA